AUGCUCCGUCGCGUUUUUUCUCGUGGUCAAUUCCCAAGCUCAGCCCCGGUGCUUGCACUCAGUGAGCUUCCCGCGGCCAAGGCCAAGACGGUCAAGGCAAACGCGCUCUCCCUCCACUUCGUGACCAAAUCUCAGGUGAAGAAUGGCGAUAGACCUGGUAAAGCCGCCCCGGGGUUUGAUGGGAGUGCCGGAAAGGUGCACCUGAUAAGCUGUAAGAAGAGCGCAAAGGACGCCGCGGCUUCGGAUUCCACCCCGAUAGGCCAAACCCAUGAAUUAUUCGCCGGGUGUGGGACGAGCGGUCAUAUUCGGGACUACCGUCUUGCAAUCACGAACGCGGUACGCCAGGCUCGCCAGAUAGGCACGCGCUACUUAAAUAUUCACCCCCCCACCACCGACGUCUUGACCACCGCGGAUGUCUUCCACCCGGCGCGGGCGCUGACAAAGCAGGAGGUGGCUGAAAAGACGGCCUGCUAUGCGGCGACGGCCGCGUAUGAAUACAAUCGCCUCAAGACCGGAAAGGCCAAAGCGGUCGAGGCGGUGUAUGCGGGGGCCGUGGAGAGCCCCAGCCCAGUGAAAUCCCCUUCGCGAGGGAAACCCGACGCGGAAAAGGAGCCGCCGAUGGAGAUGGUCAUCGCCUCCGGGGAGGCUUUGGCUGUGAAAACCGGGGCUGUGAUCGGGGCCUGCAUUAAUGACGCCCGCAACCUUGGGAACCUGCGCGAGGACGAGGGGGUCCCGGAGUUUUACGUGGAGUGGGCGAAGAAGUACGUGCUGUCGGAAGGAGUGGUGCUUCGGAAGGUCCUGCGCGGGCGGCAGGUGGAGGAGGCCGGGAUGAACCUUCUCUACAGCGUGGGCAAGGGCUCCGUUCACGAGCCCUAUGUCAUGGUCCUGGAGUACGUCGGGAAUAAGGGCGUCGCUCAUUCCACCGCUUUGGUUGGGAAGGGGGUGACCUUUGAUUGCGGGGGGUUGAAUGUGAAGCCGUUCGGGUCAAUGGAGGGGAUGCACAUGGACAUGAUGGGGGCGGGUGUGGUGUUGGCCACGCUCAAGGCCGCUGCGACCCUGCAGCUGCCUAUUAACUUGGUCGCUGCGGUGGGGCUGGCGGAGAACGCGAUCGGGCCCAGCAGCUACGCCCCGUCUUCCAUCCUCACGAGCCUGGCCGGUCCCACCGUGGAGGUCCUCAACACCGACGCCGAGGGUCGCCUUGUGUUGGCCGAUGUCCUGACCUACGUCCAACGCCACUCGAAGCUGGCGAAGGUGCCCCAGACGAUCAUCGAUCUGGCGACGUUGACGGGGGCCAUUAUCGUGGGCCUCGGCAACCGCCGCGCGGGGCUUUUUAGUAAUAGCGCGCAGCUGUCGGAGAAGCUCAUGUUGACAGGGACGACAAGUGGGGAAGAGCUCUGGCCGAUGCCCAUCGGCGACGAGCAUGCCGAGCUGAUGAAGGGCGGCCUCGCGGAUCUCGUCAAUGUGUCGCCGGGGAAGUCUGGCGGCGGUUCUUCCACGGCAGCGGCUUUUCUUUCACACUUUGUGGAGCCCGGGAAGGAGUGGGCACAUAUCGAUAUUGCUGGCGUGUCGGAUGUUGGCGACAAGCCCAAGGGCUUCCACCCGGCCGGCGCGACCGGGUACGGCGUUCAGCUCUUGAUUGACUUUCUGAGACACAAAUGA